GCAAGGUGGGAGGACGGGGCUGACGGGGCGGGGCCGCCCACAGCAGAAAGAUGGCGCUGCGUCUGCUGCGGAGGGCGGUGCGCGGAGUGGCGGCGGCGGCGCUGCCGAGGCUGAAAGCAUCUCUGGCAGCUGAUGUGUCCAGGCUUGGAUAUAGUUCCUCAUCCAGUCACAAGUACAUUCCCCGGAGAGCAGUGCUCUAUGUACCUGGAAAUGAUGAAAAGAAAAUCCAGAAGAUUCCAUCCCUAAAUGUAGAUUGUGCAGUGCUUGACUGUGAGGACGGUGUGGCUGUGAACAAAAAGAAUGAAGCUCGAUUAAGAAUAGUAAAAACUCUUGAAGACUUUGAUCUGGGCCCAACUGAAAAGUGUGUGAGAGUCAACUCAGCGUCCAGUGGUUUCGCUGAAGAAGACCUACAGACCCUCCUGCAAUCCCGGGUCCUUCCUUCCAGCCUGAUGCUACCAAAGGUGGAAGGUCCUGAAGAAAUCCGGUGGUUUUCAGACAAAUUUUCAUUCUACUUAAAAGGGCGAAAACUUGAACAACCAAUGAAUUUAAUCCCUUUUGUGGAAACUGCAAUGGGUUUGCUCAAUUUUAAGGCAGUGUGUGAAGAAGCGCUAAAGACGGGACCUCAAGUGGGUCUUUUUCUAGACGCAGUUGUUUUUGGAGGAGAAGACUUUCGAGCCAGCAUAGGUGCAACAAGUAGUAAAGAAACCCAAGAUAUUCUCUAUGCCCGACAAAAGAUUAUUGUCAUAGCAAAGGCCUUUGGCCUGCAAGCCAUCGAUCUGGUGUACAUUGACUUUCGAGAUGCAGAGGGGCUUCUCAGGCAGUCGAAAGAAGGAGCUGCAAUGGGAUUUACUGGUAAGCAGGUGAUACACCCUAACCAAAUUGCAGUGGUCCACGAGCAGUUCUCUCCUUCCCCUGAAAAAAUUAAGUGGGCUGAAGAACUGAUUGCUGCCUUUAAAGAACAUCAACAAUUAGGAAAGGUUAGUGGACCUCAAAGGAAAAAUAGGGGGGGAUUUCUCACCACUACCCUGGAUAGUAAGAAUUCUCUCUGCCCGAUCGCAUACCUCCCUACAGCACCUUGGACAAAAAUAGGGAGCCUUUACUUUCCAAGGGAGCAUGAUCGACAUGCCAUUACUGAAGCAAGCCCAGAACAUUGUUACGCUUGCCACAUCCAUCAAGGAAAAAUCAUCUGUUAAAUGAAGCUCUCAUCAGGAGCUCGCCAGAGACCCACCUGGGGUUGGAGGAGCGAAGUCAGCUCUUCUGAGUGCUUGUAAACAGCCUAUCAGACUUCUAAGGGAACAAACAGACAGGGGCCUGGCCCCAUUCUCCCUUGGCCAUACACCGGGAACCGGAAAGCUGUGCUCAGGUUUAGGGCAGAAUUUGGCCAAGGUGAGGUGCUUUUCUCCAAUAUCAGCUCUGGUUCAGGAAUCAACCCAUUCAGGAAGGGCAGAGGGGACCAAAUUUCCAGAGAGUUAGGGCUGAACCCUAAAUCAACGACAAAGCUUUCCAGGAAGAGUGGGAAACCCACUCUCCAUCACCUGUGCCGCCGGCGGCCGGAAGGGGGUCUGUAAGGAUGGCAGACUUCUCCACUGCUCAAAAUCCCUUUCUCUCUCACACUGUGUGUGCAACAUGCAAACACACAGAAAACUGGACAUGUCCCAGAGAUUAGUCUAAGCCCUGUAGGGAACUUUCGAGAUUCUCUUCAUUCCAUAAAUAAGAGAGUUGAUAUACUGAUGGAGUCGAUGGAGUCAUCCUACGAGAAACAAGGAAGACCAAACACUGACUAUAUCAUGAUGUUAAAAUAUCUAGCUAAGGGGAGAAAUUCAGUGAAAAGAAACUGAACUUUUGGGUCUGCUUAAUGCCACAUAGCUAGUUGGGCUGGAUUUUAUUUUGUUUUAAACAGUGAUUCAAAUUGCCUUAGUUAUUCAGACAGUAAAAGAAUGGAGAGAAAAGGAACAUUCCAUUUCAGAUAGCUUUGUGGUGGAGAGGUUCUUCAGAAGACUAUAUACUUUAGGCAUCUGGCUUAAUUUUUUUUUAAUGGGCUCUUUUGAGUUCCACAGAAGGAAGAAAAUAAAAACAAACGUGAACUUCUGGCUUAGAUUCUCUGGAAAACUGUGUUAAUAACACGAAUUCCCAAAUGAGGAGAAGAGCACAUCCAUUUCCUCCACCGGGCUUCCAGGGACGGCAAUUACGCAGCAGCUUCCAGGGGAGCCUCAUGACGCUUCUCCCAGGCUGCCAGGAGUGAGUCCAGCGGCCGGAGCCCCACCGGCAUUUCCACACCAGUGACCCAUUGCCUCUCUCAAGGGGGCCUGGCCACCGUGCAGCCAGACCGUGCCUGGCUGCAGUGCCCGGCACUCCUUUGCACAAGCUGUGACCCCUCCCUCUGCGUCAAACCCAACAAACUCCUAAUCAUUCUUCAAGACGCAACUUGAAAGCCACUUCUGCCAGGUCUCCCCAGAGACGGCUUGCUGGCCCUCCCCCAGCCCUUCCGUUGCAUUGGAUCAGAUUUCUGUUGUAGAACUUCUUAUGUGUGUGUGUCCCCAAGAGAGUGUGGAUGCCCUGAAUAUUGGACAUUGCCAUGCGUGUCUGGAUCCCUCCCUGCUCAUCCCUCACUCCCAGCAAGAGCUUGCUAAAUGUGUGUUCAUUAGAAUUAGGAACUAGUCUUCCCCGCAUCAGACACUUAGGUUCUGAUCCUGGAUUUGAGAUUAAUGAGUUACGUUACAUUCAGACAAGUCAUUUAUUCUCUCUGAGCAUCAGUUUCUCCAACUAUAAGAAUCAUAAGACCUAAGUCAAAGAGUUGCUACAAGGAUGCAGUGGGCACACAGAUCAGAUGUGCCACCCAAAUCCCCCUUGGAGAAUGCCCCCACUUGCCUGGCUGGGGUGGUGCGGUGAGCAGACAGCCUCCAGCUGUCAGCUCCUCCUUCCGCAUCCUCAGCUGCAGACAACCACCUUGCCCAAGACCGCACCUUCCCUCAGCAGCCUGCAUGCCAGGGAAUUUUAUGUUACAUAUAUUUUACCACAAUUUUUAAAAAUAAUCUUU